AUGUCCAUCUCGCUUAAGGCUGAGCUAGAAGCGUGGGCGAAUGCGUUGAAUGCAUAUGAUGCCGAGGACUUUCAAAAGGCGCUUGAGUUGUUCGAACCGAUUUCAGAUACUUCUCGCAUACUAACCAACAUCGGGCUUAUCCUUGCAACAAUUGGCGAGCACGAGCGUGCCAUUGAACGAUUCAAGCAAGCUACCGAGUCGGACACUUAUCUCGCCAUUGCAUAUUUCCAGUGUGGAGUUAGUUGCUUUUUACUGGGGGAUUACGAGUCCGCCUUUGAGCAGUUCGAGAGCGCGUUGAUGUGGUUACGGGGGAAUCAAGCCAUAAAUUAUGAGCAAAUUGGAUUGAACUUCCGAUUGUACACUUCAGAGAUUCUUUUUAAUAGGGGGCUAUGUCUCUUGAAUUCUGGCCGGCCGGAGGCAGCGAUGCAAGAUUUGCUGGCUGCGCAGAAGGAAAAAUCUACCCCCGAGCACGACGUUAUCGAUGAUGCUAUCAGGGAGCAGGGUGAAGGUUACACUGUCUUUUCGAUCCCGGUUGGCGUGCUAUUCCGACCCAACCCCAACAAAAUCAAGAACCUUAAAACGAAAGAUUACCUCGGCAAAGCACGCCUCAUCUCAAGGGACGGAUCCAAGUACGAGGCCUUUGACGGCGUUGACCCAAGCGAACUUGCUUUUGGCCGUGAACAUCCUCCGUUGACAGCCACCUCGGACCCUGGUCGGCGUCCAGGGGUCCCAUCCAAAGAGGGCGCCAAUCUGGGUCGAUCUUCCAGCGACUUGGGCGGAACCUCGGCACCCCGGAACCCAGUUGGGCUCUCGCGUGCUGCUACAACGGCCGUGAGCAACCCUACGAACAGACCUUCCUUCGAGCUUCGUCGUGAACCGGAAUCACUUAUCCGCGCGGCUACGACCGUUCGCCCCAUGCGCCCUGCUUCCCCUCCUCGCUCUUUGCGUCCUGCUUCCCCUCCUCGCCCUGCUCCUGCUCCUGCCCCUAAACUUCGCUCCCCUGAGCCUGCAGCAGCAGCACCCCUUCCGGCUACUCGUGGGCUCAGCGUCCGGCGACCACCGGGUGUUUUAAAGCCUACUCCGGCCUUGCCCCCACCUGAAGAGGAUGAUGCAUAUGAUGGAUAUGUGGGUCGCUCUGCGGGGAGUGACAACCAGUGGGUAGAAGAACCCGUUUCGAUCACUUCUCACUCGCGCGCGCCGUCUCGGUCGGCAUCGGCCAUGGGAGGACGGACCCAGGCCAGCUAUCCCACUCGCUCUCCGAGCCAACAUACAGUACGAAGGGCACUGUCAAGAAAGGGCACUGCGAUGUCCCGUCGUACGCGAUCUUACGAUGAAGAGGAAGGAUAUGUCAGUGGCAGUGGGGGUGAUUAUGAAGAAGCACAGUUCGAGACUACAAAGAUUCGCGUUAGGCUUCGGUUCAAGAACGACCUUCGUGGGAUGGCUAUCAUGCCGGAUAUCUCAUGCGAUGACUUUAUGGAUCGUGUUUGUGUCAAGUUUGGACGCGAGUAUGGGGAUUUGAGCAUCAAGUUUGUUGACGACGAUGGCGCCAAGGUUACUAUCAUGGACGAGAGUGAUUUUGAACUCGCAAUCGAGACGGCUCGUGCUGCAGCUCUCAAAGGAAAAGAGAGCCGUUUGGAAAUUUGGUUCGUAUGA